UCUCCCUCUGCUCGCAGCCUUUCCCGGUGCUUGCCAGCAUGUCCUUCAUCCCGGUGGCCAAGGAUUCGGACUUCCCCAUCCAAAACCUGCCCUACGGCGUCUUCUCCACCAAAGACAACCCGAGGCCUAGGAUUGGCGUGGCCAUUGGCGACCAGGUCCUGGACCUCAGUGUUGUUAAGCACCUCUUCACCGGGCCUGUGCUCUCCAAACACCAGGAUGUCUUCGAUCAGUCAACUCUCAACAGCUUCAUGGGCCUGGGGCAGGCUGCCUGGAAGGAGGCGAGAGUGUUCUUGCAGAGCUUGCUGUCUGCCAGCCAAGCCAGGCUCAGAGAUGACACGGAGCUUCGGAAGCGCGCCUUCACCUCCCAGGCUGCUGCCACGAUGCACCUUCCAGCCACCAUAGGAGACUACACGGAUUUCUAUUCCUCUCGGCAGCAUGCUACCAACGUUGGCAUCAUGUUCCGGGGCAAGGACAAUGCGCUGAUGCCCAACUGGCUGCACUUACCAGUGGGCUACCAUGGCCGUGCUUCCUCCGUCGUGGUGUCUGGCACCCCGAUCCGAAGGCCCAUGGGACAGAUGAGACCGGAUGACUCUAAGCCUCCUGUAUAUGGCGCCUGCAGACUCCUGGACAUAGAGUUGGAAAUGGCUUUCUUUGUAGGCCCUGGGAACAAGUUUGGAGAGCCCAUCCCCAUCUCCAAGGCCCACGAGCACAUUUUCGGGAUGGUCCUCAUGAACGACUGGAGCGCUCGAGACAUUCAGAAGUGGGAGUACGUCCCUCUUGGGCCGUUCCUUGGCAAGAGUUUUGGAACCACUAUCUCUCCGUGGGUGGUGCCGAUGGAUGCCCUCAUGCCAUUCGCUGUGCCCAACCCGCUGCAGGACCCCAAGCCCCUGCCAUAUCUCUGCCAUGACCAGCCCUACACAUUUGACAUCAACCUUUCUGUCGCCCUAAAAGGAGAAGGGAUGCGCCAGGCGGCUACCAUAUGCAGGUCCAAUUUUAAGUACAUGUAUUGGACGAUGCUGCAGCAGCUCACCCAUCACUCUGUCAACGGCUGCAACCUGCGGCCAGGGGACCUCUUGGCUUCCGGGACUAUCAGCGGGCCGGAGCCGGAAAGCUUUGGCUCCAUGCUGGAGCUGUCCUGGAGAGGAACGAAGGCCAUAGAGCUGGGAGACGGGCAGACCAGGAAGUUCCUGCUGGACGGGGAUGAAGUCGUCAUCACAGGGCACUGCCAGGGGGACGGCUACCGCGUUGGCUUCGGCCAGUGUGCCGGAAAAGUGCUGCCUGCUCUUUCGCCAGCUUGAGGUUCUCUGCGAAGGCUCAUCUCCACCCCCCGACUUCCUGCGGGGCCUCCCUGUGUGGCUGUGGGUCUGGCUCCUCCUCCAUUAGAGAAUAAACCAGACGCUCUGCCACCACCCUCUGGUCCAGGUGUGUACAGCCUGCUCGGGAGGCACGCACGCAUUCAUAUUUUCAGCUUUAUGAGUGAGGUUGAGGGUCUCUGUGGAGUUUUCUUACCAGGUAUCCCAGGCCCCCAGUAUUCUCUAGAAUAUAGGCAAGGAAUGGUUCCUGGUUCAAUCAGUGUACUUCGGAGAAACAGAACCAGUACCGUGUGUGUGUGUGUGUGUGUUCACACACGUGUGUAUGCACGCAGAUUAAUUUAUUUCAACAAAUUGCCCCAUGUGACUCGGAGGGUGGCAGGUCCAAAACCUGCUGGGCGAAUCGGCACUGGAGACCCAGGAGGACUUCCCGUUUGAGUCUGAAGGCAGUUGGCUGGUGGCUUCCCUCUUCCUCUGGAGAACUGAGUCAUGUUUCUGUUAAUGAGGGCCACCCGUAUGAGAGAGGACAGUUUGCUGAUGUAAUCGUUAGCCUCAUCUAAAGCACAGACUGGAAAAUCUAGAGCUGUAUUUGACCAACUGUGAGGAGGGCUUCAAAACGUUCUUGGAAAAUGUGUUCUGUGUAAAAACCAUUCAUGGACUUGAUUUUUUUGGGGGGUGGGGGGACGUGGGGAUAGUGGAGAGCAAAUAAAUGCGAACUUUAAUUCCA